AAGGAUUUACAGCUAUUAUAGAUUGAGGGCGUGGUUUUCUAGGCCACUAGGUCGCUUUAUGCAAAUUAUUGUAAACCACUUUAGCCUAUGAUGAUGGGAGGCACUCGGUGCCACGCCCCCUCCCGUACUCAACCCAGAGUUAUGUUAUUUUAUAGGUUGUAACGUGACAGGAGUUACAGUAUAGUCCAUGGAAGUCUCACAGCAAGACAGAACAGCUACGGGCAAGGCAUGAUAUCCAGCUGACUCGCCUAGAAACGCGCUUCAUAGGACACGUUUCACUUGUUGCGCACUUGCUAUUUUCUUCCACUGGGACUGAAACAUGCGUCUUUCUCUCUCUGUUAUUCGCGGAUGUUCUGCCUCCGAGCUCACGGUUAGUUUAAAUUAUAUUAAUACAACGAACCUUAAAUUACUGAAGCAUAGGCGUGAUUGAUUUUUUCCCCACUGGGAUUUCUUGACAAAACUUCCUCAUUGGAUGGCAUGAAUGGAACUUUAAUAGAAACCCCUAAGCGCCCAUGAAGAUGAAGAUGAUCUCGAACUCUCGAACACGAUCUGCGAGCAGCUGUGGUUUCCACCGAGCCGGCGGCUGGAGCUUUCACCUUCUCUACAGUGUUCUCCUCCUGUGCACGGACGAAAUGCACGGACUCGCCGACUUCUCAACAUAUUUAUUUAGGAUCAUCAUUAGUCAGUCAGCACAUGCCCGUGAUGGUGAGCUUCUGCUGCUUUCUUGUCCACGCCACUCCACCAUCUCUGUGCAGUCUGCUGUCUACAGGCCUCCUGCACCUCUCCCAUACUGCAAUGCACCUACGGCUCUGCAGAUGCUGUCAGAAUGCCAAGACCAGAGAAACUGUCAAAUCUUAGUUAACUACCGUCUCUUUGGCCGUGACCUCUGUCCUGGAACCACCAAACACCUUCAUGUAUCAUACGGCUGCAAACCCACGGAAAAUAAAAACAGAACGAGAUGUGAGGGAGAUAAAAUGAUACUUCACUGUAAGUACCCAAAAUUGCUGAACAUCUAUUCGGCUGUGUAUGGACGGGAACUGGGAGAGAAAACAGCUUGUCUUACAGAGGAAGACCAACCACCUCCCUUUGAGUGUUUGUAUCAUGGAGCCCUAGACACAGUAAAAAAAUUGUGCUAUGGAAUGCAGCGGUGUCUUUUUAUCAUUAAUGACAAGCUAUUUAAAAAUCCCUGCAUGCCUGAAACAAAGAAGUACCUCACUGUUGUCUACUCAUGUGUUCCACAAAGUUUAUUCAAAGAAGCUGAUCCCACCUUUUUCCAAACUACCAUAAUUCCUCAAGAGACCACAAACACUGGGAAACCUCCAGAUGUCAGAGAGUCCAAAUUGAAAGAUAUAAAUGGCGUCCUUGUGAGCAACUCUCUUAUGGCAUAUGGAUACAUUAAAGGAUAUCCUGAAAAGGCUGGCCUGGUCUUCAUCUCGGGUGUGUGUCUGGGUCUGUUCAUUGUCUUGGUGGCCAUCUCUACAAGGAUAACCUGCACCACGCAUUUUGAAGGCAUAUGCUGCCUAAACAAGAAAACAGACAUUGUGGAACCAAAAGAUGAAGAUGAUGAAAACAGUGAUGAUGAAGAGUCUGAGCUGUUGAUGGACAGCUCAAUGAUGUCAGAGGUAGGCAGGAAGGUGUAUUGUUGGGAAGAGGCAAUGUACACGACUGAAGCAGCAGAACUGAUUGAGAGACUGGAACGACGAGAGAUGAUCAUUCAGGAGAUCAGUAUGAAUUCAUACCUUAAUGGCACUUCUUGUACUCUGCACUGAUACACACUGGAUGUCUUAUGGAUUAAAAAAAAGGAUGAACAUGUGAAUGUGUUAAAAUCUGAAUGUUACAGGAUCUUUAGCUGUGCUGAUCACUGUGUGGUCAUAAAAAAGAACAGAUUUAUUACUUUUGCAACUUCCACAAAUCAGAUGCUUUUAUUAUUGAGUUAUUUAAUGCUGAAUAAAAGACACUACUUUAAUAAA